AAUCGUGUACUUCCGAAUGGUUACUGUUUCAAUAUGGACGACGUGGAAUGUUUCCUAAAGUUACAAAACUGAAAGUGUCAAACUAUAUAUCUUCCUUUCAAAUCUGAAAUUCAAAAACAAUACACAAUUUUAGUAUAGUAUCUUUUUAGUAUGAGUAAAAAUGUAGAAAUAGCAAAAGAUCUUCAUUUAGAGAAAUCGACAACAGAUUCUGGACCGUCAUCAACCAGGUCAAAGAUGGGAAGAAAACUACAGAUCGUCAGAUUUCUAGUCAGAAUCUGUGUGGCAGUUGCAGCAAGAUUUUGGAAGUUGUGUAGUUCAGCUUUGCUUAUAUUGUUUUUGGUAUACUGGUUCACUGGAGCCUUGAUAGCUCUAGGAUUCUUUAUAGUGGCUGUGAUUGGUAUAUUUUUUAAUGCACAGGACAUGUUAUUAUAUUACCCAGAACAGCCACCAAACUCUAGACUUUAUGUUAUGCUACCAAAUGCCUAUCAAAUGCCAUAUGAAAACCACUUUGUGAAUACUAGUGAUGGAGUGAAAAUCAACUUAGUUUUAGUCAAACAUCCAAAGCCAAACGUUCCAACCAUUAUUUAUUUCCAUGGAAAUGCUGGUAAUGUUGGACACAGGUUGAUGAAUACUCUUGCAUUAUUUGAACAGUGUAAAUACAAUAUUUUGUUAGUAGAAUACAGAGGUUAUGGAAAGAGUGAAGGUUCUCCAAGUGAAGGAGGUUUAUACAAAGAUGCAGAGGCAGCUAUAGACUUUUUAUUAAAAAGGACAGAUAUAGACCGUAACAAAUUAAUAGUGUUUGGACGCUCACUAGGUGGCGCUGUAGCUGUACAUUUAGCAUCACAGUCAUUAUAUGAACGUCAUAUAGCUGUAUUAGUGAUAGAGAAUACAUUUUCAUCGUUACCUGAUAUAGCUAGAACAUUAUUUGAUUUUCCAUUUUUAAAAUAUUUACCAGAUAUAUUAGUAAAAGCUAAAUACAGAUCUAUAUCUAGGUUACCAAAUAUAAAAGUGCCGACAUUAUUUUUAUCCGGUUUAUCAGAUAAUCUUAUACCACCAAGAAUGAUGGAUACUUUACAUACCGUAUCUGGAAGUAAAAAGAAAAGAAUAGUACGAUUCCCUGGGGGAACACACAAUGAGACUUGGAUGUCCCAAGGGUACUAUCAGGCUAUUAUUAACUUUGUCAAUGAGGUUUUAAGAACAAGAUCAUUUGAAACAGACACAGAAACUAUGGUUAAUAUGACAACAGUGUAACAGUGUAAAGUGCAUCAUAGUUACCAUGACAACAGUGAAGAUGGCAGAUAUUACAGUGACCAUGUCAACCUUGCCAUACAAUAUUUUGUUAACUGCCUCUGCACCAAAAGAUAUCAAAAUAGUGUAACAUUUGUGGCAAUGAUGUCAAAAAAGUUGAAAUAUGGAUAUUGUUUUUAACUACAAAUUGAUGAUACUACAAAUUUAUGAAAAAUACUGGAUUAUUGAUAACCCCACUAAUUUAGUCCCUCCCCCUAAUCGAUCUCUCCUACUUGCGAGGGCCAGAAUUCCUAACACGAUAAAAACUCUUCACAUAUCUUUGAUUGUGAUUGGUGCCCUGUAGAAGAGGUGACCAAUCAGCAAUCAGCUCAAUUUUAUCGAGAUAGGUAAAUCCCGAGCUAAUUCCGAAUGAUUGUUUGAAGAUUUUUCAUUGUCUAUGCAUUCAGGCGUUAAUGAAGUAAUCGCAGAUCAGCGGAAUAUAAAGACUGAAUUAUUUGGGUUAGAUUAUUGAAUGAAAUAAGAAGCCAAUGUUCUCUGACCUUCCGAAGGUGGAUGUUAGCUUUGCUCAAGGAUUGAAAAAUCAACCACUAAAUUGUUGGGGUUAUCUCCCUUUGAUCAUUUGGAUAAAGAUGGUAACAAGUUAAUGUCAUUUGAAUCUACCGUGCUACAUAUUAGACCAACAAAUAAGUCAUUUUUAAUGUUUUCAUUUUUGGAAGAGAAAGGCCUGGAAAUACCCUUAGCUGACAAAUACAAAAUUUAUUUAGGCAAUCAAAAAUUUCUUCACUAUCAAACAUGUUAUGAUGACUGUUAUGGUUAAGGUGGUACCAAACACCUUGACUAAAAUUAAUUUGGCUCGUUCAAUUUUCAUAAAAUUUUUACCAAAUAUUUACUUUGACCUUUUGACAAAAAUAUAAAAAUUUCAAAAAAUUUGAACCACACACUUUAUCGGAAAAUUUUCAUUGGAUGUAUAUCAGUUUGACAUACACUAAUUUUGAUCAUUGAGAAACUUGAUAUUUUCUUAACAAUAGAACGUGAUUAAAACUUUCAGCUGAUUUUUACAGGGUUAUCUCCCUGUAGUGUUAUGUACCACCUUAAAUAAUGUAAUUCACAUGAAAAGUUAUCUGUAUUAAUACUGUGAACUAUUUAAAAUUUACAAUAAGUAAGAAAUGGACCAAGUAAAAAGCAUUGGAAAAGUUCUCAAACUAGAAUGACUUAUGUGUCUGUGGACAUUCUUGGUAAUUCUUAAACGUUAAUGCCAGGAGUAUUUUUUUUUAAAAAGAAAAAAAAAUAGUAUGAUUGGGUAUCAUAAAAUCUUUAAAAAAAAUAUUGAAUUCAACUUAUCCUUUUUGGGGUUUAAAAUUUGUCAGAAUAUAACCAAAUAUUACCAAGACAUUAUGUUUGUACAUACACCCAAGUUUGCGGUAGUGAUCAUGUGAUAAUUUUGUCACAGAUGUCUUGAGAGCUUUAUCUGUGUCAGUACAUAUUAAAGCGAAAUUUUUUUCCUUGGUGGUCCUUGAAGAAAAUCUGCUGGUCCUCACUAUUAUUUCUAUUGCAAAAUAUCAAAAAUUGUGUCAGUCCUUUGCAAAAUUUUGGUGGUCAAAACCUUCGAACCACCACUUUUCGAGAACUCUGGUAAAGCAUUCGCACUUAACUCAAUUAGUACAUAUAAGGGUGGCAGCCACACUACAAAUCUGCAAGGUUAGGGUGGCAUUUUAAUUUGUUUGCCACAUUAUAACUCCAGUACAAAGUGUGGGUAACAUUUAUGGUUUUCUGUUCACACUAUAACUCCAGUACAAAGUGUGGGUAACAUUUAUGGUUUUCUGUUCACACUAUAACUCUAGUUCAAAGAUAUGGUGGCUUCUAUAAAUACAACUAUGCUAGUACAAAACUGGUGGUGGCAUUUAUUCAAGCAACAAAAUGUGCUAUUCUAAAUGAUAUUUGCUGAAUAUCCAUCUUCUCAUUUUUUCUUUAGAAAGAAAAAAAAUGAUUCAAGUGCAAUUAUAAAACAACAUUCCAUUGUAUCUACAGAUAGGUAUACAUACACAUAACAUUAUUUAAUUUGGUAUGAUGAAAAAUAUCUUACAAAUAUUGAUGUUUGUUUAGAUAGGAUUUGCAUUUAAAUGUACCUUUGAAUUAGAAAUUUUUUCUAUGUUUUUAGAAAAUCGCAACGGAAAAGGAUAUUGAUAAAAAAUAAAAACUUGCAUUUUAAAUUUUGAUAGAAUUAUUUGUAUGCAGAGUGAGAAUCACAAAUAUUAAUCUCUGAUUCUACAAAAAUCACAGUAAUGAAUGCGUCCAUGUCGCUGAACUAGUUAUUUCUAAAUAAACAGCUACUAUAUACUAUAUUCCUUUAUAAAAAUAAUUCAGCUAUAAAUUGUAAUCAGCUAUAUCUGUGUCAGUACAAAGUAAUGCAAAAUCUUUUCCCCAGAUGGUCCUUGAAGAAAAUCUGCUGGUCCUCACUAUUAUUUCUAUUGCAAAAUAUCAAAAAUUUUGUCAGUCCUUUGCAACAAUCAGGUCAAAUUUAUAUAUAAAAUUAAAUGAGAAUCACAAAAAAAAAUUCAAACUGGACCAGUUGUAUUUUAGUACAAGGUUAUCUGUUUCUUAUGUAAGAGAACAUAAGUGUGUUAUUUGUAAUGAUUAACAAACUGUAGACACAGAGAUAUGUUUGGAAAUAUCUUAAAUGUAAACUAUGCAAAAGGUUUAAUAAUCAAUGGACCAUAACUGAGGGCAAAGUAAUCUACAAGGAAAUGAGCUGGUCACCCUCUAAUGACCUAAUCACAAACUUUCACAAUUGUUAUAGACACCCGAAAAAGCACAUUGAAGUCUCAUCUCUUUGACUAAGUAAAGGAGUCAUUUAAACCAUUUGGAUAGAUUAGAUUAAGGAAUUAGUAGAGUGAAAUCUGUGUAUUUACCUUGUAUAUGGGUCACACAAAUUUAGAAUUUUUCAAUGUUAAGUCUAACCCUAUCUCAAAAUGUAUCUGUUAUGAGUCAAGUUUUGAAUGUUCUGAUAUGUCCUAUCUAUAUCGUUGAUUAAUGAUGAAGUGCAUUGUUGGUAAAUCUUUAUUCUAUAUUUGUUAAUUAUUUGUUGUUAUUUAAUAUCAUAUUGCAUAUGAACAUAGUAUUUAUAAAUAAAUAAAAUUGUGAUUUUUA